AUGACGUGCAUGGGCGGUUUCGGGUGUUCCCGGAAGUGUUGUCUCAGGUGUGUGGGCGGGGCCGCGUGUGUGGGCGGGGCCGGCGAGUUUCGGGCAGGAGUUGCACCCCUGGGCGCUUAUAGACCGAGUGGAAUAUUGGCCUUGAUGGAUCCGUCUACACUGCUGCUGCCGCUCUUCGUCGCUCUGUCCGGUCUGUGCCUGGCAUUAGCUCAAAAUGAGACUGCCACCACACCGGCCCCGAGCAGGCUCACGGAAUCCGAGCGGCUGGCGGCCAUCAUCGUCCCGUCUGUAGUUGGCGGUAUUCUUUUAAUCUGCAUCGGCGUAUUCUUCCUAAUCAAAGUGAAAGAGAAGCGUCAGACGGAGGGAACGUACCGGCCAAGUAGCGAGGAGCAGGUCGGAUCUCGGGUGGAGACCAACGCUGCCUUGAAACUUCCUCCAGAAGAGCGGCUGAUAUGACACGAGACCGGAGCAGGUAUCAGAGACUCCCAAUGAGAGCCUGGAUAGCCAUUCAACUACUGAGGCCAGUCAAGAGGAAGAGGGCAAAGUAUGGUAUAUACACGGAUUUGCCCGCGGGUGGUGUAGAACAUUGUUACCGUGAAGACCUGUGGACAGCUGUUGACCAUGUCUACGUUUGGUCCUCCAUACCUUAUGUCCUAUACGCCCCUUGAGCCAUGAAUAUAGGUCACGACCACCAUGCUCAUCGUCAAUCUGAUCUCCCCAUAGACCAAUAGUCUCCAAAUUGCGGACCUCAAGCUGUGGCAAAACUACGACUCCCAGCAUGCCCAGACAGCCAACGGCUGUCUGGGCAUGCUGGGAUUCGUAGUUUUGCAACAGCUGUAGACCAGUUCUGUAGAGAAUCUUACAGGCCUGGCAAUGCUCUUUGGGAAACAGUAUAUACUCAGUUAUACUCAAUAGUGCCACCUAUUGGAGGUUUCUUUAUAAAGCAGCUUUUUUUGGCCAGACGAGUUUCUUUAGGAACCCUUAUAUUUAGGCAUAAAGUGUCUCCUGUCCGUCCGGGCAUGCUGGGAGUUGUAGUUUUGUAGGUCCACAUUUUGGAGACCACUGGGCAGUCACGCGAUGAAUGAGAUGAUGUUGGGGGUCUAAUGCUUUCCCUUUCUUCAUCAUAAAACAGUAUUAGAUAAAUAAAUAAAAAAAUAUUAAUAAAUGGCUGCUGGGGUAAAACAUCACAUAUGGCACAAACUUUUUUUUUUUUUUUGUUUCGUCCGAUCCACAUGAUGGUUCACGUCUUUUUAAUGCAUUUUGUAGAUAGCGAAAAAAAUUUUUUUGUAUUUAUGCACCAAAAAAAAAAAAUCAAAGAUGGUGAUAAACUGUACGACGAUGUCUCAUUUUAAUUAUUAAUGUUUAAUUAAUAAAUAAAUAAAUAUAUUUUCAUGAUUUUA